UCAAAAAGUGUUUUGUUUGAAUGUUAAUUUGUACAAAAUUGUUAAGUAAAUCGAGUAAUAAAGUGUUGUGGUACGUGAUAAUAGUAUAAUGUGUGAUAUAUGUUUACUUUGAUAAGUCUGAAUUAGGGAAUCAAUUUGUUUUUAGUGCCAUCGCAUAUAUAUUUGAUGCCCCGCGCCCGGGAAGAAAUGCAAGUAAACGUGGCGGGCCUAAGGAGAAAUAUUAAAAACCUCGCGCACAACUACUCAGAUGCCCAGGUAAAAGUGCGCGAGGCGACAUCAAACGAUCCAUGGGGCCCAUCAAGCACGCUUAUGGCGGAGAUCGCCGAUCUCACGUACAACGUGAUGGCGUUCACCGAAAUAAUGCAGAUGAUAUGGAAGCGUCUCAACGACCACGGCAAGAAUUGGAGACACGUUUACAAAGCCCUGGUGCUGAUGGAGUAUCUCAUCAAGACGGGCAGUGAAAAGGUCGCGAUGCAGUGUAAAGAAAAUAUAUUCGCGAUACACACGCUCAAGGACUUUCAGUACAUGGAAGAGGGGAAGGAUCAAGGUCUGAAUGUCCGAGAAAAGGCGAAACAACUAGUGAAUCUUCUAAAGGACGAAGAGCGUCUAAAGAACGAAAGGGCGAGGGCUUUGAAAGCGAAGCAAAGGUUCGCGCAAAGCGCCAGCGCCUUCGGUAGCGAUGGAGCCCUCGACACACCCUCCAGCCCUACCUACCCUACGGUGAGUAACGAGCUGAGCAAUAGCGAACCAGCGGAGUGGUCAGGUCGAGACGCAGAGCUGGCGAGACCGCUCACUGCUGGGGAAGAAGAACUGCAGCUACAGCUGGCUCUAGCCAUGUCAAGAGAGGAGGCAGAGAGAGAAGAGAGACGGAGGAGGUCUGACGAUGUUCGCCUGCAGCUGGCUAUUAGCCAGUCUCAGAACGAUUUCCAAACAACGGGUGUGGAAGCCAAGAAAUCCGAGCAACAGUCCCAUUUGUUAGACUUGCUGGAUGUAAAUCUAUCCCCAGCCGCCCCUGCAGCUCCGGCCGCCACUGGAGUCCCUCUCGGAGGACCCCUUGGAGCCACCGGUGCACCCCUAGACCCAUGGGGCUUACCAUCACCACCAACCCAUGCCCAACGACCACCGCCCCAGGAUACAUCUCCAGAUGCGUGGUCUUCGGUAACCAGUCCGGCACGAGACCCCUGGGCUCCUGCUGCUGCUCCCCUGGCCGACCCCUGGGCACCUGUGCAAAGCAAAUCUCCAUUGUCGCUGCUAUCAUCGCCUUCGUCUUCUGAGCUGGAACAGUUCGACGCCUUGUCCCAACGUCAGAAGGCCCCCGAGUCGGACCCAUUCGACCUGUCCGCCUUAGGCGACGAGCUGGCCCCGAAGCCGGCGUCCCCGAGCGCGGCGGGCGGCGUGAAGAAGUCCCCGUCCACGUUCCUGGGGGAGAACUCGUCGCUGGUGAACCUGGAGCGCCUGCUGCAGCCCGCCGCGCCCGAGCCGCCCGCGCCCAACCCCUUCGCGCACGAGCGCGCGCCGCCGCCCGUGCGUACACUAACCCACUACCCGACCGAGCCCCACAAACCCACCGAUCCCCACUUCCCCACCGAGCCCCACUACCACACCGAGCCUCACUACCCCACCGAGCCCCACUACCACACCGAGAUCCACUACCACACAGAGACCCACUACCACACAGAUCCCCACUACCACACAGAGCCCCACUACCACACAGAGCCCGCACUACCACACCGAGGCCCACUUCGCUGCCGAGCACCACUACCCCGCACUGAACCUCAUUAUCCCGACCGCCUUCCGUACCUAUAG